CACGAACUCACAAAUGCUACACCAUGCAUACGGACCAUUUCUAUGAAAUCCUAUGCUCUACCAGAUGCAUCGAGAUGAAGCGCAUAGUUGACGAGGGUGAUUUGCUUGGCUGCGUCGGAAUACUUAAGCAAACAAUCAAGGAGCCAAUUCUCUUCUCUUCCCACUCACCCCUCACAUAAAUCAUCCAGGAUAGCAUUCUACCGAAAUACAAUCGUUAUCUGCUACCCAUAACUCGGGAACGCGCAUUGUUUCGUCCUCUUUUCAGGCCAAUAAUUAGUUACACAAAAUGAAACAGGCAGCCAUAUCGGCCUUGCUGCUUCCCUUGUGUAUCUUUCAACCACUCGCGGUGCACGCAGAAACGGCCCCGUCAUACCGUGACAGGCUGCUUUCUCUCCACCAAUCGAUCGUCGAGAUUCCCUCAAUAUAUGGGGGCGAGGCUGAGGUCGGGAACUUUCUGAUUGACUACCUCUCUGAGCAAGGUCUUGCCACCGAGCGGCAGUUCUUGCCGUCAUCAGAGCGAUUCAAUGUGCUUGCCUGGCCGCAGCCGCGCACCUCCAACUAUUCUCGUAUCAUUGUGACGACACACAUAGAUGUUGUGCCUCCAUACUUUAACUAUUCACGCUCGGGGCCCGACCCACCCACGGCCGAAACCGUUAUCGCAGGCCGUGGAACCUCUGAUGCAAAGGGCGCUGUGGCAGCACAGACACUGGCAGUGCUGGAGCUCCUGUCUGCUGGUUCCAUCACCGGGGACGAUGUGAUGCUCGUCUUUGUUGUCGGUGAGGAGGUCAAUGGCGAUGGCAUGCUCUACUUCUCCGCCGUCAUGGCGGAGCGAGGCACCCAGCCAAGUGUUGCUAUCUUUGGGGAGCCUACGAACAGCACUUUGGCAUGCGGUCACAAGGGAGCCUUGGCCUGUAACAUCAAGGUCAAGGGCUUAUCGGGUCACAGUGGGUAUCCUGAGUCCGGCAAGAGCGCCAACGAAGUACUCAUGCGGGGUCUGCUGAAGGCGAUCGACACUGAUCUUGGCAAGAGCGAGCUGUAUGGCAACACUACCAUCAAUGUGGGCUUGAUGGCGGGCGGGAUCGCGGCCAAUGUCAUUCCUGAUGCAGCAAACGCAUCACUUGCAAUUCGCGUCGCCAUUGGACCUCAAGAUUCCGGGCACACCAUUGUUCAAGACAGGCUGCAAGAGAUUCUCACCAGUGUUGAUCCUGAAGCCUUCACAAUGGAGUGCCCUUUCGGUUUUGGAGUUGUUGAUACCAACUGCGACGUAGAAGGAUUUGAGACUGAUGUGAUGGCAUAUGGUACAGAUAUUCCCAGGCUGCAGGGUAAUCACUCGCGUUAUCUCUACGGGCCUGGGGAUAUUCUGAAAGCCCAUACCGCCGAUGAGUCCAUCACUCUGGGGGAACUGGAGAGUGCAGUAGAAGGGUACAAGAAGCUCAUUCUGCAUGAAAUCGAGCCCAAAAACUCCACAAGGCGCUGAAAUAACUCGUUCUGUAAAUAGCAGUUCUCCUAG